AACAUAACCUUAUCGGAUAAAUGCUAACCACACGUUUGCGUUUAGUAACCGAAAGAACCAAACUGAUAAAUACUACUUCUUCUCCUAUGGGAAUUGUUUUUGGUAAAGCUUACAUAAUGGGAAUGGUCUUUGGUAAAAUCGUUGUUGAGACACCCAAGUACACGGUCACUAAAUCCGGCGACGGUUACGAGAUCCGUGAGUAUCCUCCGGCGGUUGCGGCGGAGGUUACAUACGAUGCGUCGGAGUUUAAAGGUGAUAAAGACGGAGGCUUUCAGGUACUGGCUAAGUACAUAGGUGUGUUUGGCAAACCUGAGAACGAGAAGCCGGAGACAAUUGCGAUGACUGCUCCGGUGAUCACCAAGGAAGGUGAGAAGAUUGCGAUGACUGCUCCUGUGAUCACGAAGGAGAGUGAGAAGAUUGAGAUGACUUCUCCGGUUGUGACUAAGGAAGGUGGUGAACAAGGAGGGAAGAAGAUGGUGACGAUGCAGUUUCUGUUGCCGUCCAUCUACACGAAGCCGGAGGAGGCGCCGCGUCCGACUGAUGCGAGGGUUGUGAUUAGGGAGGAAGGUGGGAGGAAGUACGGUGUGGUUAAGUUCAGUGGUACUGCGUCGGAGAGUGUGGUGAGUGAGAAGGUGAAGAAGCUCACGAGUGAUCUUGAGAAAGAUGGGUUUAAGAUCAACGGGGAUUUCGUUCUUGCUAGGUAUAAUCCUCCAUGGACGUUACCACCGUUUAGGACCAAUGAGGUCAUGAUUCCUGUUGAAUGAAUGAUCCAAAGUCUCCAGCUUUUAAUCUCAAAGAACUUGUAUUUUCACUGUCUCUCUUUGUAGUUAAGAAGCAUAACAAUAAUGUAUACAAAGUAAGCUUUUGGUUUUA